AUGGUCGACAAUACAGUAGACCAGCGGAUAGAGUACCUCGAAGGCUCAAAUUUAGGGUUUAGCUCCAAAAAAAUCGAUUGUUCGAAUCUAGGAACAGAUGAUGGUCUGCUGGAUCUUGGCACUAAAUUUGAGCUUAUCAAUUCCACGGAUUCUCUAGGGAAGUGGCAUUCUAUACUAGUGCCGUUAUCCGAAUUAUGUAGCACACAGUCUUUAUCCCAUGUCUACUUUACUAUCUACCGUGACACCUCGCUGUUUGUCGGGCAGCAACAAUAUCGAAGUUACAGUGGAACUAAUCAUCCGAUAUCUUCGGGACAAGCGGGCACUUAUACACCACCGCCAAGAUAUAAGAGAUCUGUGGAGGAGGAGGAAGGAGAAGAAGUUAUGAAUGUUACUAGUCAAACCGUACCACUCACGCCUUGCGCCCGUCAAACCUCCCUUCCCACCACUCCCGUCAUGAGUGCUACCGUACUCAAUAACGGUGUCGCCGUGUCUGUCGCCUCGACAUCCGACGUCACAAUGGCUCUACUCCGGUUCAAUGUCUCCACUUUGUUAAGACCAUUACACGGAAACUUAAAAGUGACAUGGUGGGAUGUGGGGCGACGUCAAUGGGCGGAUACCAGGCAAUGUGAGAUUGUUUCGGAUUCCGACGGGAUUCUGGAGGCGAAGUGUACACAUCUCACGGACUUUGCGAUUAUAGUGGAUGCCGCUCUAAACGACCCGAAUGUCUGUGACAACGCUCUUAUCACCCUUGGCUAUGUUGUCAACGGCCUAUCAAUCUUCUCUUUAAUAUUCCUCACAUUUUUCAGUAUCGCUGCUUAUAUCCCCUCUCUGUCCAACAGUCGUCUCUACAGCUACGUGCGUGGUCAUAACCUGGCUCGUCGUGACUUUCUGGCACUCGCCUAUCACUUUGAUCUUCUCCUAUUCUACGUGUUCUUCACCGUGUUCUCAAACCAGUAUAUCUCAGGAACAAUGUGCACACCGAUGGCUGCAGUCAUGUACGCGUUGCUCUUGUGCUCUCUUCUCUUAACAAUCUUCCAAGCCCUACGCAAUAUUGUUGUCUUUCUCCCAUCUACCGUAUACCAUAUCCUUAAAAUCCUUCUAAGCACACCAGCGGUUCUCUCUAUUUCAGUUGCCAUCCCCUUCACCCUAUCAAUUUUUCUGCUAGUCUUCACAAAAUUCUUCGACCGCCAAGAUUGUUUCUGUUGGGUACGACCGGACUAUGUGGUUGCGGCGAUUAUCAUACCGGUUACUGUACUAUUGUUUAGUACGGUGGUUUGCACAAGUUUUAUGAUAUACAAAGUGUUUUGCGGGAUGAAGAGGAAGUUUAGUCAGGGGGGCCACCACUACGAUCCGAACGUCAUAACGAAAAUAGUGUCGAUUGUCGUGAUGCAGAUUUCUCUUGGCCUUCCAUGGGUCCUUCAAUUCGGCACCCUCUACUCCCCUUACACCACAUUCUGGCACUACCUAUUCACUAUAGUCUUAGGGUCACAAGGCACUAUACUCUUCUUGAUUUUUCUGUACAAGAGGUAUAGAGCAUGGCAAUCGGAGAGUAUGCUCAAGUCGAGGGAGCCAAGUUUUAAAGAUCGGAGUAAGAAAAAGUUGGCAAAGAAGGAAGAUAGUUUAGGAUCAAGUACGGAUACUUUUAACGAAUAUUGA